AUGGAGCCAUCUCAACCUCCUCCCGGUUACGAUAGUUUUAGAUCGUGGCUCGCUGUCGUAGGUGCUUCGCUUUCGCUUUUUUGCACAGCUGGCUUCCUUAAUGCAUUCGGCAUUUUCCAAGAGUAUUACCAGACGUUUCUCGGAGAAUCUGAGUCCAAUAUUUCCUGGAUUGGAUCCAUAUCUAUUUCUAUCGUCUACCUAUGUGCACCAAUAUCAGGCGUUUUAACCGACAGAUUGGGACCUACGAUUCUCCUGUGUAUUGGCAGUAUCGGUCAACUGUUUGCUCUUUUCAUGACCUCUCUCUGUAAACAGUACUACCAAGUUUUCCUAGCCCAGGGGAUUUUGCUUGGGGUGAGUAUGUCGCUCAUUUUCUGCCCCCCUGUGGCUGUGGUGUCACGCCGCAUGCCUCAUCGCCGUGGCCUUGCUCUAGGUCUCACAAUUGGCGGGUCCUCAAUCGGUGGCAUCAUCUGGCCGAUCCUGCUAGAGCAACUUCUGAACAAACGCCAGCUUGGUUUCGGAUGGACUAUGCGAGUUGUUGCUUUCACUAUGGCUCCUCUUUUAGCAUUCGCCUGCAUCACUGUGGUUGAUGCCCCCGCACCCCAAGCAUCUUUGAGUCCAAUCCAUGCGGCAUUAGAUGGGGACGAGAAGGGAACGACCUCAUCGAAUGACGAGAUACAGUCCAAAUCGAAGGCCAACUACUCUAUCCUGAAGAACAAGACCUUUAUCCUUCUCUGUGGAGGGUUAGCACUCGGCUACUUUGGACUGUUUACUCCCGUCUUCUUUGUUACGGGCUUCGGCGUUCAACAUGGCUUGUCCACAUCGACGGCAUUUUACUUGUUAUCUGGGCUGAACGGUGCUUCAUUCCUGGGACGAGUUAUUCCUGGGUUUCUCGCAGACCGGUAUGGGCAUUUCAAUCUUUGCAUGCUGGCAACUCUUGCGGCUGGUAUCGUUGGCUUUUGCUGGACGGCGGCAACGUCUCUUCCUGGGUUGGCAGUGUGGAGUUUGGCGUACGGAUUCUCCUCUGGAGCCAUCAUGAGCUUGCAGGGUGCAUGCGUCGGAAAAAUUGCCCAUCAUCGUCAUCAGGGGUUGGCUGUCGGCUUCAUGAUGGGCUCCAUCGCUGUAACCGCUCUUGUCGGGCCUCCCAUCAGCGGCCAGAUUCUUGCGCAUGCCGGAUAUCUUGCGUUGUCGAUGUGGACCGGCGCAACUCUCGUGAUCUAUAUGGUAUUCAGUCUUUUGCAGUAUGGUCCUGGCUUCACUUUGGGGUCCCUGCUCCCUUCGGGCCGAAGCUGUUCCUGGUACACCGGGUGCCCGGUCGGGGUUUUGAUGUUCCGCAAGGUGCUCGCCGAUGAUGGGAUCUCUAGUAAUAUGGCUCGUGUGUGGCUGGUAAAUGUGGCUUCUCUGGAGCGCAGACAAUCGCUUGUUCACAUUUUUGCUUCACUUUCUUGCUUUGCGCGAGCCUCACUCUUUGAACAGAUUUCUCGGACCUUGCUGUUCCGAAUAGGAUUGGCCAACCGAAGGCACCCUGAUCUCCCUUCACUUUUCCACAUCGCCGGCGCGAGCCACGCUCUCCUCGACCCGUGGUCUCAAGGAGCGGGCGUGGUGAGGGACGUUCUCACUCGGUGGUCCGAGCUCGAUAUAACACAAAUUGGCUCUCUUGUUGCCAUAGCCGGCACCCUUCCUACGGCUUGGAGACUCAUGCAAUGUGCCUGGCAGGAAGCGUAUAGUUGUAUUCGGCGCUUUUUCCUCGCUUCCGUCACAAUACCGGGCGGCGACCCGGUUAAUCGGAGCGUCGUGAAAUGGGUCCUCGCCAACCGGCCCCGGCAUUAUCGCGCCUUUACCGGUCGUACCGAAGUUGGACGCGCCAACCCAGACCGUGCUGCCGCUCUGAAGAAGUCGCGCCAUACCGUUCAGUAUUGUCCACACUGGAACACACGGUGGCUCUGGUUCAAAGGCAACUUUUUUGUCGUCACCCGUGCCGUUGGAGAUUUCAAUUCUUCACUAUCGGAUCCCAGCUACGAUGGAAUCGGAGGCGAGGACCUGACAAUCAGCUGCUUCGGAUGGUCGGCGCAUCCUGUCCAGAAUCUCAUCGAAGCCUGCCGCGAGUACGCCGACAGGCAGACGCAGUACUUCGUCAUCAUCUACUCCCGCGACCGUUACGGCAUGUCUUGGAAACCUAAAGCCCGCAAGCCCCUCCGCCAUCUGGACACCGUGCACUUUGACCUCAGCUUGAAGCAGGAGUUGCUUGCUGAUAUCCGGAAUUACCUGGAUCCGAAGACUCAGAUGCGCUACCAAAGCCGGAGUAUGCCGUACCGGAGAGGCUACCUCUUCUACGGCCCGCCUGGAACUGGCAAGUCCUCGCUUUCUGUGGCGAUUGCCGGCGAGUUUGGAUUAGAUCUCUACGAGGUCAAGAUCCCCAGUGUGGCAACGGAUGCCGAUUUAGAGCAGAUGUUUCAGGAGAUUCCGCCGCGAUGUGUGGUUCUUCUCGAAGACAUCGAUGCCGUUUGGGUGGAGCGUUCAAGCAGCCAUGAGAAGACCAGCAACGGGAAUGGACGAGCACAUUCACCGGAGAGCAGCAAUGUGCCCAACUGCACUCUUUCCGGACUGCUGAAUGUUUUGGAUGGCGUUGGAUCGCAGGAGGGCCGUAUCGUCAUCAUGACUACGAAUCGACCCGAGCAACUCGACAGUGCCUUGAUUCGGCCCGGCCGAGUCGACAUGAAGGUCCUUCUGGGCAACAUUAGCCCAAAGUCAGCGGCGGAAAUGUUUGUGCGGAUGUUCUCUCCCGAACUAGGGUGCACAACACACCUGAAAAUGGAAGAAAUUGAGAAGCUUUCUGUCCAGUUUUCCAGCGUGAUACCGGAAGACACCUUGACCCCAUCUCAAUUGCAGGGGUUUUUCCAGGUACAUCUAGAGAGUCCGUAUCAUGCGGUAGAAAGCAUCGCAAGUUGGGUUCAAAAAGAACUUGCAAGAGCCCACUUCAAAGAGUUCGAGUUUAUAACUUCCAAUGGGAAGGCUUAG